AUAAAUUCCCUCUUCCCUGGUACAGCCCUCCUCCCUCUUCGGACUCCAGCACUCCAGAACGGCGCAGCCUUGCCACUGUCCCCUCCUGGCACACCAUUGGCAGCGGAGCGUCAGCCAGCAGCAUGGCUACCAAGUGUGUGAAGUGUGGUCCUGGCUACUCUACCCCUCUGGAGGCUAUGAAAGGACCCCGGGAGGAGAUUAUCUACCUACCCUGUAUUUACCGAAACACCGGCACGGAGGCCCCGGAUUAUUUGGCCACCGUGGACGUGAACCCCAAGUCUCCCCAAUAUUGCCAGGUCAUCCACAGGCUGCCCAUGCCCUACCUAAAGGACGAGCUCCAUCACUCGGGCUGGAACACCUGCAGCAGCUGCUUCGGGGACAGCACCAAGUCGCGCACCAAGCUGAUGCUGCCCUGCCUCAUCUCGUCCCGCAUCUACGUGGUGGAUGUCGGCUCCGAGCCCCGCGCCCCAAAGCUGCACAAGGUCAUUGAGCCUCAGGAAAUCCAUACCAAGUGUAACCUGGGCAACCUCCACACCAGCCACUGCCUGGCCAGUGGGGAGGUGAUGAUCAGCUCCCUCGGAGACCCGCAGGGCAAUGGCAAAGGGGGAUUUGUGCUGCUGGAUGGGGAGACCUUCGAGGUGAAGGGCACAUGGGAACGGCCUGGUGGCGCUGCGCCGUUGGGCUAUGAUUUCUGGUACCAGCCUCGACACAAUGUCAUGAUCAGUACUGAAUGGGCAGCUCCCAAUGUCCUCAAAGAUGGCUUCAAUCCUGCUCAUGUGCAGGCUGGGCUGUACGGAAGCUCCAUCCACGUGUGGGAUUGGCAGCGUCAUGAGAUCAUCCAGACUUUGCAAAUGAAGGACGGCCUCAUUCCCUUGGAGGUCCGCUUCCUGCAUGACCCCGCUGCCGCCCAGGGCUUUGUGGGCUGCGCCCUCAGCUCAUCCAUCCAACGUUUCUACAAGAACGAGGGAGGUACUUGGUCAGUGGAGAAGGUGAUCCAGGUGCCACCCAAGAAAGUGAAGGGCUGGAUGCUGCCUGAAAUGCCAGGCUUGAUCACGGACAUUCUGCUGUCCCUGGAUGACCGCUUCCUCUACUUCAGCAACUGGCUGCACGGGGACCUGCGGCAGUACGACAUCUCUAACCCACAGCAGCCCCGCCUCACCGGACAGGUCUUCCUUGGGGGCAGCCUUGUUAAGGGAGGCCCUGUGCAAGUGCUAGAGGACCAGGAGCUGAAGUGCCAGCCGGAGCCUCUGGUGGUCAAGGGAAAACGGGUGCCUGGAGGUCCUCAGAUGAUCCAGCUCAGCUUAGAUGGGAAGCGUCUGUACGUCACCACAUCACUGUACAGCGCCUGGGACAAGCAGUUUUACCCUGAUCUCAUCAGGGAAGGCUCUGUGAUGCUGCAACUUGACGUAGACACAGAGAAGGGAGGCCUGAAGUUGAAUCCCAACUUCCUGGUGGACUUUGGGAAGGAGCCCCUUGGCCCAGCCCUGGCCCAUGAGCUCCGCUACCCGGGGGGCGACUGCACUUCUGACAUCUGGAUCUGAAGUUCCCAAGUCUGCUCCUCCUCCACAUUCUGAUCCCUCUCUCUGAGGGACCUGGCUUGACGCCGCUGUGCCGUGGCCCAGUCGGCCUUUGCUGAGACAUAUCCAGUAGCAUCUCGCCACAUUGCCUCUUGCUCACUGUGUGCUGUUUUCACACGAGCUCUUGGACACACCACGAAAUAAACGGCUGAACCCGUUCUUGGA